GAUCAAGUUUAUUUUGCGAUCUAAACGGAAAGAAAUCGCCGCAUUCAGCGACACGCAACACUUACCGUACGUAGAGGUUAGAGUGCCACACAGAAUAGUGUUGCUUAUUUAUUCAUGAAGCGCAAAAAUAAAUAAUGUACAGUUACAAUUAUAUUUAAUUACAGUAAAUAAUAAUGAGAUAUUAUUAUGAAAAUUGAAUAAAUGUCGCUUCGUGACGUUAAUUGUUACAAUCACGAUUGAAGAUGGAAAGUACUGACAUAGAAGAAACGAAAGGGCAAAAAUUGCGAUCCAAAGAUGAGCUUUCCAUCUCAAAGAUCCUCGAUGCAAAAGUGGCACCAUUGUUUUCUCUGCCGUCAGACUUGAUGAGCCCUAAGAGACGUAAAAAGAAAGAACAAGAAUUAAUAAAGCGAAAGGAAAAAGUGCAAAAGUCCCGCGAGACCUUGUACACCGCAAAGCGUCUUCGCGAAGAGAAAUUUCGCAGAUUUAUGGUGGGUUUAAUAGUGAAACCGGAGUUGCCAGCGAAGGACGUAGAUCUGAGUGAUGAUAAGGACAUCAAUCGAUAUUAUUAUUACAUUUGCAAUGGGGUUGAUACGAUUCAUACGGCGAGCAUCGAAGAGGAGCUCGUCAGGGCGAUACUCGUACUGGUCCCCGAAAACUUGCGUGAUCAGUUUCCCGAUUUUUCCAAUAAUUUGAUGACCGAAAUCAAGGAGGACUUCACGAGAAACAUCAAGAGGGCCAUUGUCGACUUUGCGCUCACGGAUCAUACCGAGGAAUAUCUUUCGAAGCUCGAUGGAAUCGAGGGAGGCGAGCUGCGCGAUCAGCCGGAUUUGCGGAAAUACAUGAAACAGUGUCGCGAAAUUCUGCGCCUCGAUCUGUACCUAAUAAAUCCGUGCAUGCGGAUGACACUGGAGCAAUGGAUUCGCGAUUACAGGUAUCGAGCUACCUGCGAUUUGACGCCGCGCUGCGCCUGUAUACCCCGUUUUAGCGAAGAGUGUCAAUUUCUUUCAGCCAAUUCCGACUGUUCGAUUUAGACCUCAUUGCCGGACACGAGGAUAGCUGGGAUUUAGCGAAUUUCCACAGUCUCAUCGUCCGGCAGAUCACCGCGAAUCGG